GCGCAGGCGCGAGGCGUUUAAGUUACUCAGGAACUGCCGCGUCUUUCUCUUUUCCGUUUCAGUCAUGGGCACACCUCAGAAGGAUGUUGUUAUCAAAGUAGAUGCACCGGACACGUUACUGCUGGAGAAACAUGCAGAUUAUAUAGCGUCCUAUGGCUCAAAGAAAGAUGAUUAUGAAUAUUGUAUGUCUGAGUAUUUGAGAAUGAGUGGCAUCUACUGGGGUCUGACAGUAAUGGAUCUUAUGGGACAACUUCAUCGCAUGAAUAGAGAAGAAAUACUGACAUUUAUAAAGUCAUGUCAACAUGAGUCCGGUGGAAUAAGUGCUAGUAUUGGACAUGAUCCUCAUCUUUUGUAUACUCUUAGUGCUGUCCAGAUUCUCACGCUUUAUGAUAGUAUUGAUGUUAUUGAUAUAAAUAAAGUUGUGGAAUAUGUUCAGAGUCUACAGAAAGAAGAUGGUUCUUUUGCUGGAGACAUUUGGGGAGAGAUUGAUACAAGAUUUUCUUUCUGUGCUGUGGCAACAUUGGCUUUAUUGGGGAAGUUGGAUGCUAUUAAUGUGGAAAAGGCAAUUGAGUUUGUUUUGUCAUGUAUGAACUUUGAUGGUGGAUUUGGUUGUAGACCAGGUUCAGAAUCUCAUGCUGGGCAGAUCUAUUGUUGCACAGGAUUCCUUGCUAUUACUAGUCAGUUACAUCAAGUGAAUUCUGAUUUGCUGGGUUGGUGGCUUUGUGAACGGCAGUUACCAUCAGGUGGACUCAAUGGAAGACCAGAGAAGUUACCAGAUGUAUGUUAUUCAUGGUGGGUGUUGGCCUCUUUGAAGAUAAUUGGAAGACUUCAUUGGAUUGACAGGGAAAAACUGCGUAGUUUCAUUUUAGCAUGUCAAGAUGAAGAAACUGGAGGAUUUGCAGACAGGCCAGGAGAUAUGGUUGAUCCUUUUCACACUUUAUUUGGGAUUGCUGGAUUAUCACUUCUGGGAGAAGAGCAGAUUAAGCCUGUUAGUCCUGUUUUUUGUAUGCCUGAAGAAGUGCUUCGGAGGAUGAAUAUUCAGCCGGAACUAGUGAGCUAGUCAUUGAUGAAAAAGUAGCUCAGUAUAGUUUUGUGGUUUUAACUUUACUGUAUUUCAAGUGCUUCUAAGACUUAGUACUUUAAAUUUGUUAAUACUUUGUAUAUGUAUUGUGGUAAAUAUGUAAUUAUACAUAUUAUAAA